AUGAUGCUUCCAUUGUGCCCGGUGUGGAAUGGAAAGGCCGGAGAUGCUGGGCUUGAUGCGGGCGCGCACCUUUCACUGGCAUGCGCAUCUCACUUGUGCUGUCCUGCCGAAAGGGCUGUGCCAAAAUCAGUAAUAAGGAGCGCGCCUUGCUCGAAAAGCUGGGCUUCCCUUGAAGGACAGCGCGUGGCUGCAGGGCCAGUAGAACUUCCUCAACCAUCACAUCUCCACGACCUCCAUGCUCCUCUGGCAUUCGAGGGCCCACCAGAAGGGGCGCCGGAAGGAGAGGACUGGAAGGAGACCGGCGCCGACGGCUUCACGGUUUCAGAAGGUGCGGAUCAUGUGGCUGCCAAGCGGACCUGA